AUGACCGCCACGGUGCUCACGUCGACGGUGAGCGAGGAGGGCUCGAAACAGACCACGGUGGUGUAUAUCACGCAAUCCACAAGCUUGUCGUCUGCAUCCGCAUCCGCAGACUCGAGCUCGCGCUCGGGCUCCAAAUCGUCAAACAAGGGAGCCAUCAUCGGAGGAGCCGUGGGCGGCGCUGUCGGGGCGUCGAUCCUGAUCGGCGGAAUUUUCUUCUUGAUUUUCAGAAGACGCCGCGACAGCGGCGACGACACGGCCGUGGACGAUCUCGCGUACGAGGAGGCGCUCAAGUCAAACCGCGAUCCGUUUGCCUCUGCCGAAGACGACCUCUACUCUUCCGACAACGGGUCUGGGUCUGGGCGAAUAAUGCUCGGCCGCAGACGCCUGAGCGACGGCUCGCUCGCCGACGCGGCCGACUACUACAAAAAAGUGCUCAAAGUUGCGAAUCCCGACGACGAUAAGAAUUAG